CCAGUAGCCCAGUAGCCCAGAGGCCAUGCCCGGGCCCAGUCGAUCUUCCCGAGCAGGCCAGAAGUGAUCCCGAGACAAAAAACCUACCAUCCAGCUCCUGCGGCUGGCCUCUCCUCCUAGUUAGUGCGUUGGCUACACUCCCUUGAAACGGCUAGCUUCCCCCCCAAGACAUGGGUGGGUGGGUCAUGUAGCAUCAUCGGGUUCAUCGAUACCUCAUUGUAGGGCAUUUUGUCACAUACGUAUAAUCAAAAAUUACUGGACUAACUAAUUACACCGGGUGAAGACUGUUUCAGACCGUGCUCAAGCUAUGGUCGAUAUGGUGUCGCGAUUCUUCGGUAAAGGCUCGAAGAAGACAUCCUCUGUGCCGGGCACGCCAUUGGCCACCCCGGGGUCGACGGUGGAGGAAACCGCACACGCCGAAGAUGACGGAUUCACUUUGCUCGGGCCACAAACGCCCUAUUCCCCGCCUAGUUCCUCUUCCGACAAUCCCACGCCGGCUGAGUUUAACGGCUACCCGUUGUUACCCAAUAGUUACGAUGCCAGUCCAGCCUUGAGGACUGAGGAUUUGGGUGGAGCCUCGUCGGAUCAUCCCCUGCAUCGGGUGCCUUUUAAAUUGGCCGAGCAAUAUUCUCUGGACCCGGCAGGCUCCCAUCGGAGUCGAGAUCAGACCUUGAAUGACAUGCAAAAGGCCGUGGAUCGCGCCCAACAGCUCCUGACCUCAAUCAACCAUGAUUUCCAAUUGGAACGGAGUGUACUCAGUCAGAGUGAUAGUCUUUCUAAUCAGUUCGGACUCAUGGGAAUCUGAUGGAUCUUGUCAAACGAAAGCGAGAAAGAAGAGUUGUCCGCACAUUUGAACGCAGAAUGUUGAGAAUGUUUUCCUGAAGUUCCAUGUUUCAGUGAAUGUGAAUGAAAUCAUGAAUGAAUCCUAUUGCUUACUAUAUAGCUAAACUGCCCAUUGUAAGAGAGCUUCUUUUUUACGGCUUUGUCCGCAGAUUGACCCCGCCAGUCAUGGUCCUGCAAGUGACGAUCGUGGGCGGUGGUAUCAUGGGAUGUGCUACCGCCUACUAUCUCACCAAACUGGGUUCGGAGCGAGUCCAAGUCACUUUGAUAGAGCGCCACCGAAUUGCUGGACACGCCUCCGGCAAAGCGGGGGGUUUCUUAGCCUUGGAUUGGUGCGACGGGGGACCUGUGGAAGCCUUGGCCCGGAAAAGCUUUCAACUUCACGAGGAAUUGGCAACGGAAUUGGGCACAAAUAUCGACUAUCGGAAGCUCGAUACUUUGUCCAUGGCGGUCGAGAAAGGCCGAGCCUUACAACAAAAAGGAAUUCCAGCCUGGGUCGACGGGACGGUGACUCGGAAAGGCAAUAUGGGCACGCCUAAAACAACAGCCCAAGUCCAUCCGGAGCUGCUGACCCAAGCCCUGUUUCGAGCAGCCGAGAAGAAUGGUGCUAAACUAAUCCAAGGUCAAGUCGUUCAAGUUCAUGUCGAAGCUUCGAAGGUCAAGAGUGUCCAGGUGAAAGGACGCGCGCAGCCCAUUCCAGCCGAUAUUGUGGUGAUCGCCAUGGGACCUUGGUCGGGAUUGGCGCAAGACUGGUUUCCGAAGGCUACCAUUGGACGUGUGACGGGCAGUCGUGCUCACAGCGUGGUCUUGGAUACUUCCCAACAUGACAUCACACCUCAUGCGCUCUUCUUGGACAUUGGGUCGGAAUCCCCGGAGAUUUAUCCCCGACCCGAUGGUACCAUCUACAUGGCUGGCACCACGGAUGGAGCCAGUCUUCCCGAGGAUCCAGCCGAUGUCUCGCCCGAUCCGGAAGCGGUUCAGAAGCUGGUUCGAAUGGCUGGAAUUGUAUCGGGCGCUCUAGAGCGAUCACCGUUGGUCAAAGGUCAAGCCUGUUACUUACCUUGUGUGGGAUCGGGUAAGCCUCUCAUCGGGCAAUUGAAGCCUUACCAAGGAGCCUUUAUCGCCACUGGACAUACGUGUUGGGGAAUUUUAAAUGGACCGGCCACCGGAUUAGUAUUAGCCGAGCUCAUUCUCACGGGCAAAUCCAACAGUGUGAACAUUAAACACUUGAUGCCUUGAUGUCCAUGAUCAAUGAGAGGUGAAAUAUCACAUAUAUUGCGGUAACA